GAAUUAUUGCUUGUCAUUUUUCAUAAUAAUUACGAUUGUUUCAAUGUGUUCGGUAAUCAGAUGCUUCCUGCAUCGCCAUAUUUUUGCAAGGAGGAUUCCAAAUUGUUAAUUUUUUUUCAUAACCUUUAAAUAUUUUAUUUGAUUCUUUUUUAUAAGCAGAAUAUAAUAUUAAUAAGUGUAGUCCAAUAUAUUUUAGAAAUAAAUCAUUUAGUAUAAUUUCAUUAAAAUUAUUGAAAGAUAUUUUUAAUAUGUUUUUGAAAUUAAUAAUAUAGUGAAUGUUAUUCUUUGACAAUGCUAUAAAGAUCGCUUAAUACAAACUUCCAUAAUUAUAUGAAAUUUAAAUAGUUACAUGAAAUAUCAUAUAUUGCAUAUAAUAUAUAUAAUUAAAAUUUGUUAUGAUUUUUGUUGCUUAUUUACAUUUUAAAGUAUAUCAAACGGUGUUUUGUAAUAAAGCAAUGCUCUGAUUGUUAUUUAAAUAUUAAAAUCGUAACACGCGUAAACGAAAACAAUGAAGGUGGUGCCAACGAAAAAGCGACGGUCGAUAAAAACCGACGGGUAAUGUCAAAUUGCACGAUGUGAAAAUUGACAAGUAACCCAGGCCUAUGCCUAGUUUCUAUAUACCUUCUCGUGGAUAUUUUGAUUUUCGCUAUGAGUGAUGGUACUUUCUCAGAAAAUCUGUCGGAAAGUAAUAUUUCUAUGGCAAAUGAUGCGGAAGAAUUAAACUCGCAGGGUUCCGUUGAUAAGCAUGUUAAGGGUACGAAUCUACCCACCGCGAGUAACAUAACCAAGAAGCGAUCAUAACGAAUAGAUCAGAUCGAAGCUACCGAAUGUCGGUUAUUACCUGAGACGUUUGAUGAGAUUGAAGAGCGGAGGGAAUCUCGAAUCCGAAAGAGAACCGAUCAGUAAUAUUUCUGAAAUGACCGAAAUCACGGAAAGCAUGUUAAACCGCGCGAUGCUAGAAAUCUCGAUGGUGUCCACGAGCAAUGAACAAACUAUACCGGAAGAUGAGGAUUCGAUCAAUUGGUCGGAGAACCAUGCUGUUAAAACGAAUAAUUACGAGGUUUAUGGUGGACCUUCGAACGAUUUCAGGGGACAUGAUCCUGGAGGACCUUCGUCUUCCAACUCGAACGAAAACGACAACACAAGUGAAUAUCCCGCCAUGAUUGCGACUGCUGAAAUCGAACCUGCUCAAACGAUUUCAAACUCCGUGACCACCGAAGCGAUGACCACGAAUGGGAUUUUCGUGAAUGUGUUGAACCGCGAAAAUAUCCCUGGGGGAAAUAUAUUGGAGUUCAGAGAAGCUUUGUCCUCGCACAUGGGAUCCCAAGUGGAAGAAGUUAGAGACCAAGAGACUCGAAAUGUCCCGUUGUUCUAUAUUCAAACCGACGAUCGCCAAGAGCUUUAUCUGCAGAAUACAUUAAACGUUGAAAGUGGAUUUAGUGGAUCGAAUACGAGGAGCGAAGUUAGCAGCAUAUCUGAAAAUGAAAACUCGGAGGUGCGUAAUCAAAGAAUAGGACAGGAUCGUGCACCACAAUUUUUUGGCGCCAUAAUGAGCGUAGACAAAAUGAUACGCAAGCCAAUUUGCCGCAACGAUGAUGAACCGACUAUAUAUUGACUUUUAUUGUUUCAAUAUCAAGAAUUAACGGAACCCUGCGCUUCAUAGACGUAAAUAAAGAAAACAUUUUUUAAGAAAAAAGUAAAAAAA